AUGUAGACUAUCAGCUACUUACAGUAUUUGUCAAACUACAUAGAGUAAAUCUGUUAGAGGAAAUGAUUUGUCAGUUCAAAGACGAGAUGAUUCUGAAAUACCCCUUAAAGUACAGCUUUAUUAAUGAAAAGGGCACUGAUGCAGAUGGUGUGGCCAGGGAUGUUUAUGCUGCUUUUUGGAAUGAAUUUCUGGAUUGUGCAGCAGAGGGAGCAGACAUGAGAGUGCCAUCCCUGUCACCAAAAUGGCAAGAGGAAGAAUGGAAGGCUGUGGGAAGAAUAUUGGCCAAAGGAUUUUUGGACCAAGGAUACUUUCCAUUGCGCCUUGCUCCAGCAUUUACCACAGCACUGAUAUUUGGAGAACAUGCUGUGUGUAAUGACGUACUGUUUGAAUCUUUCCUGUUGUAUCUUAGUCAGUGUGAGAGAGAUCUCAUUGCAACUUCUUUACAGGAAGACAUUGACAGUGAUACCCAGGAUGAGUUAUUAGAUCUACUGGAUCGACUGGGAGUGAAAAUGGUUCCAACACGAGAGAACCUUAAAGCAGUCCUCCUUCAAGUAGCACACAAACAAAUCAUUCAAGAACCUAAAUAUGCUCUUGAUAACAUGUCAGCAGUUUCUGGACAACCACUGAGGACUGCCAUAGCCACAACAGCAACAAUACAGGUCAUGUAUGAAGAAAAAAAACCAACGUGCAGAAAGGUCCUGAAGCUGAUUGAAGCAACUCCAGUGACUCCAGCAGAGAAACAAGCCCUCAGAUUUCUGCAGCAGUACAUUCGAGGAUUAGAUGAGGUGGGUCUCAGAAGGUUUUUGAGAUUUGUGACAGGCUCAGAUGUCAUCUGCGUCACAAAUGUUGAAGUGAUAUUUACAGCUUUGGAAGGACUGGCCCGUCGGCCAAUUGCACACACCUGUGGAUCAGUUUUGGAGUUACCCUGUACAUAUAAGUCCUACCCAGAGCUAAGAGUGGAGAUGGAGAAUGUACUGACAAGUAACUACUACAUUAUGGAUAUUGUGUAGUAAGAACAUGGUACACACCAUAGUCAGGGUCUUUGUUGCCAUUGAUAAUGCAUUCAGGUUGUUAAUAUUUGAAACGUCAAGAAGAGGUAAACUUUAAAAAAUAUUCUCUGUCAGAAAUGAAAACCCAAUAAGCACAGUCAAACUUGCCUUGUUUCUUUUUAUCAGGGACUUCUGUUAGUAAAAGAUUAGAUAGCCAUUUAACAGUCUAACAAGUCAUGCAGCAACCUCAGGAAAAUCUGUUUUUCUGCUGUCUUCAAUGC